AUGGAUGAAAACUAUAACAUGGAAUAUACCUUAUUCUACUCGAGCAUCCCGUUCCUUGUCAUUGGAUUAAUCGGAAAUGUUUUAGUAAUACGAAUUGUUCACAAAACACGGGAGAUGCACACGCCGACAAAUUAUCUUCUGGUGAGCAUGGCCACUAGUGAUAUUAUUACCAUUUUGUUGUGGCCGCUGUAUUUCUUUGAAGUUUGCAAAUUCGUUUGCAAGUUAGUUGAGCUCGUUGAACUCUGUAUAAUGGUUUCCUACUUUACUAUAAUUGUACUAGCGGUGGAAAGAUAUCUCGCCUUAUUGAAGCCUUAUAGAACCGGACUGCGCUUAAGAGAAGACAACGUUAAGAGGGCGAUCGCUUGUAUUUGGGUCUCAAGCGUUCUUAUAUGCCUCCCAGCAACUUUCUUCAAAGAAUGGAGCGAAACUUAUGAGACAUGCAUUGGUCCCUGGACUUUAUACCUGAAUCAAGGUAGCAAAGCUUGCGUGAUCUUAAAUGUAGUUGUAUAUUUUCUUCAACUGGCGAUCACAAUGUACUGCUACGGAACUUUGAUAAGGGGACUUUACUUUACCAACACGGUGUGUCGAGACACAGACGGAGAAAGGAGAUCUGAGAAGAAGAGACUUGUUAUAACGUUUAUAUUAGUAACCAUUGGAUUUUUCAUCGGUAAUACACCAACUCUAGCUUCAUACGUAAUCAUUCCAUCAGGAAAUGGAACGACAGACGUUAGGUUUUAUGGUCAACUUACGUCUGUGGCUGAUUUUUUAUUCUCUGUAAGUUAA